ACCUUACAUGUGCAAAAAAUAUCCUACUGUAAAAACGAAAGGACCAUAAAAGCUUAAUCUAUUUUUAGUCAAUUUUGCCAAUUGCCUUUUGCUGACUCUGUGUGAUGGUUUUCGUGGUGUCUCAUAUAUCUAUGUCGAAUACGUAGAUAAUGAUCUAUGUUUCAAGUGAUCAAUUUUGUUACUAGCUGUCAUGCAAUUUCAACUAUAUAUCUAUUUCUUUUCUUAUAAUUUAUUCUUGCUUGUUUAGUAGAAACUUUAAAAUAACUUUGUUCUUGAUUGAAUACACUGAAUUGUAAAUACACCAAACAACAAAUUCAAUUUUUUUAUGAGGUGGAUAAGAAAAGAUUAAUGUAAGAUUUUCAUUUAGUACUUUUAGAAUUUCUUGAAAAAGCUUAUAAGAAGUUUUGUGAAAAGCUUUACAGCGAUAACUUCUAAAAAGACUUGCAAUCAAACAGGUAGCUUCCUGAAGAUCUUACAACAACUUAUUGAAUCGUUUCGCAGCAAUUCUUUUUCAAGUAUAUAUUUCAACUGCAUGCGCAUAAACUCAUUCACAGAUUGGGAAUCUUGGAGGUGACAUAGAAACAACAAAAAACUAAUGGACCAGGAUUUUUUGAGUGUACUUAAGUUGAUUGAACUUCCACCUGAUCAAAGGGAAUUUUUGAAGAUGUAUAUGGUGGAAAGUAAAGCAGGAGCUAUAGCUUGUAUGCUAUUUUCUCUGUUCUUUUUGGGAACAUGGCCUGCUCUGCUUACUUUACUCGAAAGGCGAGGUCGUCUUCCUCAACAUACUUACCUUGAUUAUACUAUCUCAAAUCUAUUGGCUGCUACUUUCAUUGCUUUUACUGUUGGUGAGAUUGGAAGGAACACUAUGGAACAGCCAAGUUUUUUCACUCAGCUUUCUCAGAUGCAGGACAAUUGGCCCAGUGUCUUGUUUGCAAUUGCUGGAGGAGUUGUCCUCACUCUUGGAAACCUUUCAACUCAAUAUGCAUGGGCUUUUGUUGGUUUGUCAGUCACCGAGGUCAUCACCGCAAGCAUUACGGUUGUUAUAGGAACGACCUUGAACUACUACCUUGAUGACAAAAUUAACAAAGCCGAGAUUCUUUUUCCUGGCGUCGGAUGCUUCUUGAUUGCUGUUUGUCUAGGCUCUGCUGUUCAUGCAUCCAACACGGCUGAUAACAAAGCAAAACUUGAUUAUUUUUCAAAUGACUCUAAGAAUGGGGACGGGACAAGCGGUGUUACUGAUUCUAAACAAACGAAUACAAACACAGUUGAUAUCAAUGACUUGGAGAAUGGAGUUGCUUCUGAGUCUGAGGAGAAGGCAAAGGCUGGAACUGCACUUUUCCUUGUACAAGUUGAGAACAAAAGGGCAAUGAAGGUUUUUGGGAAGAGUACUUACAUUGGUCUGGCUAUUACCUUCUUUGCUGGAGCUUGCCUUUCUCUCUUUUCGCCAGCAUUCAACCUAGCAACAAAUGAUCAGUGGCAUGCUCUAAAAGAUGGAGUCCCGCACUUGAGUGUCUAUACGGCAUUUUUCUACUUCUCCAUUUCAAGCUCUUUGCUUGCCACGAUUCUGAACUUCACCUUCUUGUACCGCCCUGUACUAAAUGCACCCAAAUCGUCGAUGAUGUCCUAUGUGAACGAUUGGGAUGGCCGAGGUUGGGCUCUUUUGGCGGGACUUUUAAGUGGCUUUGGAAAUGGUCUUCAAUUUAUGGGAGGUCAAGCAGCUGGAUAUGCAGCUGCAGAUGCUGUUCAGGCACUGCCUCUGGUGAGCACAUUUUGGGGGGUGAUAUUGUUUGGAGAGUACCGAAGAUCAUCAGGAAGAACGUAUACGCUUCUUGCAGGAAUGUUGAUCAUGUUUACAGCAGCUGUUGCAAUUCUCAUGGCGUCUGCAGGGCAUCGCAAACAGAACGGGGGCAAAAUAGAAUAGAUAAUGUUUCUGUACAUAUCACCAUACAGCUUAAUUAGUCCGGUCGAAGAACAUUUAUUAGAGUCGGUCAGAAUCGCCUUAGCUUACUUCAGUUUCUGUUUUAUCAGUGAAGAAACUGAAGAAAACCAUCCUAGUGAAACCUUUGUAUGUAGAUGUGCAGUAGCUGUUGCAAGCAUUCAGCAACCUUCUGCAUGGAUGAUAGAUAUCUGAUCUUUCUAUUUCCUUUGCAUUUUGUAUGAUCUUAUUCUACACAGCAAUAUUGAUAUCUUUCUUAA